UCUUCCUCUAGUUACCAUCAUCAUCAUCAUCAUCAUCAUCAUCAUUAUCUGUCUCUCUUUCCAAUAACAUGGCUAUUGCUAUACUUCUUCUUCUCUUCUUCUCCAUUCCCUUCUCCGAAUCGAAGCUCACCAAAGAUUACUACAAGCAAACUUGUCCAGACUUUCAGAAGAUUGUCAGAGACACCGCGUCCCAAAAGCAAGCCGCCCAACCCACCACCGCCGCAGGCACUCUCCGCCUCUUCGUCCACGACUGCUUAGUUGAGGGUUGUGACGGCUCCGUCCUCAUUGCCUCCAACCAUCUCAACAAAGCUGAGCGCGAUGCUGAGAUCAACGAAUCCCUAGCAGGUGAUGGUUUUGAGGUGGUAGUCCGUGCCAAGACCGCCCUGGAGCUCACCUGCCCAGGGAUUGUCUCGUGCGCAGACAUUCUCGCGGAGGCCACACGUGACCUUGUCACGAUGGUUGGUGGACCCUUCUACUCCGUCAGGUUGGGACGAAAAGAUGGACAGGUUUCCCUUGCGUCCAAGGUUGAGGGAAACUUGCCAAGAGCAAACCAAACCGUGGAUGAGCUCAUCAAAUUCUUCGCCGCUAGGGGUUUCACAAUUGAAGAAAUGGUUGCCUUAACUGGUGGACACACAAUUGGGUUCUCUCAUUGCAAGGAGUUCACUGACAGGCUUUUCCAUUACAGCAAAACUACUCCAACAGACCCAGAAAUCAACCCUAAAUACGCCGAAGGCUUGAAGAUGACAUGCGGUAACUACACAACUAACCCCGCCAUGGCUGCCUUCAACGACGUGUUAACACCUGGAAAAUUUGAUAACAUGUACUAUCAGAAUCUAAAGAGGGGCUUGGGGCUGCUGGCAUCAGACCAUGCACUUACUAAGGACCCGAGGACGAAGCCUUUUGUGGAGUUGUACUCUACUGACCAGGCGGAGUUUUUCAAGGCUUUUUCUCAUGCAAUGGAGAAACUUGGACAUCAUGAGAUUAAGACCGGGCAUCAGGGAGAGGUGAGGCGCAGGUGCGACGCGUUUAACUCGCUUCAGGCUUAGAUUAUAAUGAAGGAUGAGAGAUGAAGAAGAAGAAGAUGAUGAUGAUGAUGAUGAAAUGAUAAUUAAGAGAUGAUUGUUAUUAUUGGUUUUCAUUUGGCCAUGGAUUAAUUCAUCACUAGGGAAUAAAGAGAGAGAG